AUGGUCCAUCUUGCAGCCGUCAAGAACGACGAUCAGGUCGUCGACCCGAAAUCCCGCGUGGUCGAGUCCAUCUCAGCUCCUCAGCCAGAUGAGAAUGACUUUUACACCAAUGUCUACGGCAGUCACUUUGCGGUCGACCACCUCUCUCAGCAUGAGAUGCCGGAGCGGGAAAUGCCCCGUCAGAUCGCAGCGCGUAUGAUCAAGGACGAGCUGAGUCUGGAUGGAAACCCCAAGCUCAACUUGGCCAGCUUCUGCACUACAUACAUGGAAGAUGAGAUCGAGCAGAUCAUGACCGACUCUUUCAGCAAGAACUUCAUCGAUUACGAAGAGUACCCCCACACGGCUGAAAUUCAGAACCGAUGUGUCAACAUGAUCGCUCGUCUCUUCAAUUGCCCAACCCAUGCCCGGGAGGAGAACGCUAUGGGUACCUCCACCAUCGGCUCCUCCGAGGCGAUCAUGCUGGGCACUUUGGCCAUGAAACGGCGCUGGCAGAACAGGCGCAAGGCUGAAGGCAAGGACUACUCCCGACCCAACAUCAUCAUGAACAGUGCCGUCCAGGUGUGCUGGGAGAAGGCCGCCCGCUACUUUGAGAUUGAGGAGCGCUACGUGUACUGCACCGAAGACCGCUAUGUGAUGGACCCCAAGCAGGCCGUUGACCUGGUGGACGAGAACACGAUCGGUAUUUGCGCCAUUAUCGGGACCACCUUCACCGGUGAAUACGAGGAUGUGAAGGGUAUCAAUGACCUCCUUGUGGAGCGUGGCAUUGACUGCCCGAUCCAUGUCGACGCUGCCAGUGGUGGCUUUGUCGCACCAUUCGUCGUGCCCGACAUGGAGUGGGAUUUCCGUCUGGAAAAGGUGGUGUCCAUCAAUGUGUCGGGACACAAGUACGGCCUCGUCUAUCCCGGUGUAGGCUGGGUCGUCUGGCGAGCUCCAGAGUUCCUCCCCCAGGAGCUCGUGUUCAACAUCAACUAUCUGGGUGCCGACCAGGCUAGCUUCACCUUGAACUUUUCCAAGGGUGCCUCGCAAGUCAUUGGACAAUACUACCAACUGAUCCGUCUGGGGAAGCACGGCUACCGCUCGAUCAUGACCAAUUUGACCCGUAUCGCCGACUACAUGUCCGAUCAGUUGGAGCAGAUGAACAUGAUCAUCAUGAGCAAAGGUCGCGGCCAUGGACUGCCAUUGGUGGCUUUCCGCCUGCCACCUCAAGAGGAGCGCGCUUGGGAUGAAUUCGCGCUCGCUCACCAGCUUCGAGAGCGCGGCUGGAUCGUGCCCGCUUACACUAUGGCGCCACACAGUAACAACCUCAAGAUGAUGCGUAUCGUCGUCCGUGAAGACUUUAGCAUGACUCGAUGCGACAGUCUGAUGGUCGAUAUGAAGUUGGCUAUUCAGUCUUUGGAAGCGAUGGAUCAAUCCAUGGCAGAGAAGUACAAGACACUUAGACACGUGCGCAAUCACCGAACGCACCCAGUGCACAAGAAUCGCUCUCACGACUCAUACAAGGGCGAGAAGCACUCUCUUCAGGGCAAGACUGGCAAGACGCACGGCGUCUGCUAA